UUCAUCAAUUUUGUCAAAAGUGAAAAAAUGUCGGCUCAUAGUGGUGGUUCUACGGACUGGAGUUCCGUGGUUAAACCUCUUUUAAACAAUCGUUAUGGAGUUUUAAACAAAAAUGAAAUUCUCAAUAUCAUUAAGGCAAUCACCCGGUGUGAAAAUGAUCUUUUUGAUGAGGAAAAUAAUUAUUUGCAGUUUUAUACGGCUUUUGCUGCAUUAGCAGCCGAAAAAUUAAGUCAAUGCAAACUUGUAUCUCAAACACAAGUACCACAAAUCCACGAAGCAUGCGCCAUACUCAUACGUUUCAUUAUCUUGCGUCUGAGUAAGGUCAGUGUGUAUGAAAUCAAAUGGUUAUUGCCAGCAUUAAAAAGUCUUUGCGAAGGCAAAUCAAAUACACAAGCAUCCACAAAUGGCAGCAAUGCUGGAUCAAAUGCAGGCAGUGCAAAUGCAUCAACAGCUAGCAUUAUCGGUGGAGGGGGAAACAUUUUACAAUUCGAUUAUAAUAUUGUGGCAUCCGUAUUAAAAUCUAGUAAAUAUCCUGAAAAUACUAAAAGCAUUGUAUCAGCUAGUAUCUCGGCGGGCACAGGAAGCAAUGCCAGCGAAAAAGAUUCACCAAAAUCGGAAAUAAAAAGAUCUCGUUCAGAUUUAUCUUCAAUAAUAAUACAACAAUUGACAGCUCCCUUAGAAGCGGGCAAAAUAACAUGGGCACCGCUAAGCGAAGAGCAAACAGAUUGUUCGGAACUUUUCUCAGCUUCAAAUAUAUCAUAUUUACAAUCCUUAAAUGGCGCAGACUUAAUAUUAGACGUCUGCUCAUCUUUACCCAUAUUGACACGUUAUCGUCUCAAAUACCAAGAGACUAUUGCAAAUUUGGCCGGAAAGCCUUUGUAUCUGCCUUUAACACAAGUUGAAGCCACACAAAUUAGAAAUACUCUAACCCAUAUGGUCACAGACAUAUCGAUUCUCUCACAGGCCUUGACUUUACCAAUUCUACAGCCUCUGUCACCCAGCCGCAUAGCUAAAUUAUCUAAAUGCGCUAUAUCAGCUUUGUACUGUGCCGUGUUGACCUCUAUAGCCAGCAGUGUUUUAAAUAUGUCUUCAUCGACCGGUAGCACGAAAACACAGCAAACAUCAUCGGCAGCAGCUGGCUCUACUGCUUCAGCUUCUACACAAACGUCCGCUAAAGACACAGAUGAUAACGAAGAAAAUGCUCGUUUUAUAGUUGACAAAGCUUUGGAAAUAUACACCACUAUUGGAUUAAUGUUUAAGAACUCGGCACGAUCACAUAUUUAUCAAAAUCAUUUAUGCUUUGGUGCCUGGCUGCUGGUUAGUGGCAUACAAGGAGCAUUGGGCGCAUCGGGCAGCUCUAGUGCCGGCAUUAAUAAAGAAGACAUUAAACAAUCGAAAACCAAACCUUCGGAUUCUCUACAAGCUACACCGCCCACAGCAUCAGCUAGAGUAAAUCUUUUUAAGGUUCAACAGGGCUUUGGAGUUUUAAAUGCGGCUAUAGCUAAUCAUUGCAUUAAACUUUUGACAGAACUUAUAGAAGAUUUAAAAAUUGAAACUACUUCAUCGGAUAUGCCGCAAACAACAGGAGGGCAGACUUCAGCUUUGCCGGAACCAGCGAAUUUUGAUGUUUUAGAGAACUACUCAACUCUGCAGAGAGUAAUGCGUGUUUUAAACACAGCCACUUUACAUCAACUCUUUACUUUCUUGGCUACUGUGACGUACCGCAAAGCCUGUAACUUGAAACGUUCCAAUGCUAAAGAUCGCACUGAAUGUGAACCCAUCAGCUAUUCAGAUUCCACAACCUACUUCAAUGAUACUCUAUCUUGUUCGGACAAUUCCGAAGAAGACGAUAGUGAAAGCUAUUUAGGACACUGGUUUAAAGAAACACUACAGCCCGAGUCAAAUGAUGAUAACAAUUCGACCGAAGCAUCGGAGCGUAAUAAUGAGGCACAAAAAUCAAAUUUAGUGCCCGCUCUAGACGAACCCCAUGAAUAUUUGGAUUUGGCUGCACAAAUUUUCUCAUUCAUGGACCAGUUUUUCUCACAAAAACAUUCGUACUUGCAACGUUAUGUAAAGGCCGGUUUAUCCGAUCAACAAAUGCUCUUAAUGGCAAAUAUACUAAAAGAUUUAGAUCGUGACUCGGCCAGAGGAGAAACAGAAGCUGCGCCUUGCAAUAAAUGGCAAUCGGCUAUGAUUAGAUUCUCAGGUGCAGUAGGACGUUAUUUACAUAAUUUAAUAUCGGCCUCCUUGUUAAGUGAAUCACUGCAAUCGAAUCUUUUGCAACAUCUCGGAGUUUCACCCUGGUCUUCAGAUACCAAUACUUGGCCAUUACAAGUUUAUCCCAGUACCCUUUCAGUUUUGGUACAAAUUUUACUGCUUAAACCCACUCAAGAAAAGGAGGCUGCUUGUCUGUCUGUUUGGCAUCGUUUAAUAAACACUCUGGUAGAAGGUGUUUGUGGCACUUCAUCAACAAAUCCUCCAACUAAUGUGGACUAUGAAGACUUAAAUAUGGAACAUGCCCAAUUGCUGUUAUUCCUCUAUCAUUCGUUGAAUCUAAUGCAAAAGAAAUCCAUACUCUUGCUAACGGCCGGUGGUGUAAUACGAUGUGCGGAAGUUUGUCGUGAUAUAUCGGCCGAGAAACCCAUACGCAACAGUCAAAUGAUGUUAUUGUCACGUAUUCUAUUGUUCUUGGAAUAUCUAAUGAAACAUUUGUACAAUGCACCGCCCGAACUAUUGGAUCAAGUGCGUUGGAAUCUUUUCAGCAUAAGUACCAUGCAUGAAAAUCAAAAAAUAUCUGAUUUACUCAAUAAUAAAACAAAACUUACAUCCUUUUGCCGUAAAGAUAUAGAAGAUGAAUUUCGCAAAAAUUGCAUGUCAAAUAUACGACCCACUUUCUAUUCUCUGACCCUUGUCAAUGAAACUGCUUCAUCUUCUGCUAUUCAGGAUUUUAAAUUGGAUGGUCUAGCAUGGAAUUUUAUCUUGUGUACACCAGAUAAACUCAAGUAUCCCCUAUUAGUUGAUGCUCUUAUCGAUAUACUAAGCAUAACGGAUAUGACCUUAUCGUGGCACUCUCGUGAUAGUACGCACACACUUUGUGCCAUACGCUAUUGCUUUGGUAUAUGUUGGAAGUUAUUACUGGGCUUGCCACCAUCUACUACACAUGUGGAACAACUACAACUGGAUAAAGUACCCAAUUUGCAUUCACUUAUUUGGUCUAUACGUUGUCCAACAUCGCACUAUUUAAUAGUGAACAGUUUGAUAAAACAGGGCAUGUAUACACAAUUUGCCGAAACUUUGUGGAAUAAUAUAUCGGAUCGUGUUAGUGACAUACGCUUCAGUUUGAAACAGACCAUAAUGGGCAUAGAAUACUGUAACGAGCAAAUUAACAAAACUAAUCCUCCUUUAUCGCAUAUUGUACUACUGGAUGCAUUACUAUCGCAUAUGCAUGCAAUAGCUUGGUCAGAAAAGGAAGGUAUUAAACCUCAAAGAGCUUCGGGCUCGAGUGGUGCUGCUGCCGCAAGUCCUACUACUUCAGCAAACUCUCCCAUAUCGGCUGGUAGUGCAGCUAAUAAUGAUGAAUCGUAUGCCACCACAGCCUUUGAUAGCAAUGAACAAAAAGCCGAUUAUGCCAAUAAUUCUGUAGCCUUACAUGAGAGGCAACAAUCUAGCAAGGAAUUGUUGCAAAUGUUGGUAAGCACGUUCCAUAUUUUGAGCGAUAUUAUAAGACAUAAAAUGGUGCAAAUAUUACCCUUGGCCAAUACAACACCAGACAAUAUACUAGAGUGCAUUUUGUGCAUUGUGAAUUCGAAAAAUUCCUAUUGCACGGAAUUGAGUGAACAGUUUUUGAAAUUGCUAGACAACAAAAAUAAAGAGGUAAUAACUGGAGAUUGGACUGAAUUCUUGCCAGUUUCAGAGACCUUAAUCACCAAUGCCAGCAACACACAACAUUAUCCGGUGGAGGAAUACACUUUAUCAGUUAUAGAGGCUCACAUCAAAGAGUUGACUCAUGACAAUUACUACUCCACUUUGAAUUCCUUCAAGCAUUGUCUAAAGAGUUUAUUUAGUCUAAUGAAUCUUCUAUUGACCUCUAGUCAACAAGAUGCAGCCUGCAUAACAUUUGUGGAAAAUCAAUUGAAACCCAUAAUUAUCGAAACUAUAAUGGAUGCGCGCAUGGAAUAUGUGUACGAUAUUAGUGAAAGUUGUUGGCAGACGCUAAUGAAAGGAGUCGAACAGGCCCAAGAUCAACAGCAAUUGAUGUCCUAUAAAUAUAUUUUGAAAUAUCACUAUCGUUUCCUAAUGGAAUAUGCUGAAGAAAUGAAAAGUCCCUCGGCCUCUGCCAGCCAAAGUGUUAUUUUCAAUGAGUCAUUAUUGUUUGCAGUUUUAAAAUCAAUGACCCAAAUGUUAGAAAAACCUAUGGGCGUUAAGGCCAUUCGACAAUUCUUUACACAAAAAACCAACGAGGACAGCAAUUGCACUAAGUCUCCGAGUUUGGUAGAUUUAUUGCUGUCAUUUACCGGCACUAAUUUGUCAAUGUUGUAUUCUCGUAAAUUAUUACAAUUUAUAGAGAAAUUAUUCCAAACAGCUCAACAAACCGAUUCACUAUUCCCAUUGGAAGAGCUGAUACAAUGUUUUGCUGAAUUGUCCAAUAUCGAACAGCAGCGUAUAAAAUCAUGGUUGACUCAUAUAAUUUAUGGACCACAAAGUGCUCAAAGUUCAUCACAGCAACUGGACACACAAAUCGAAAAAUUACCUACUACAAUGGGUACGGGAGCGCCAGCUACAACCUCCAGCACACCCUCCAGUAAUGCCCAGACUCCCACAAAUAUGGCUACCAAUUCGGCCAUACCCAGCUUAUCGGAACAAUUGGGAAAUCAAUCUUCGGCCUUGGAUAAUGCCGAGGCUAUGGAUAUAGAUGAUGAUAAUGCAACUGGCAAUGCAACACAACCAGUGGCCCAACAAAGCAGCCUUCAAACCGUACAAUCCCUAAGUCUGUGGCCUCAACCACCCACUCCGGGCAAUAGCUUCAUGGCCACAAACCAAUCUGAACCCAUAUCAACGCAAGACGACCAAUUGGCCCAACAGCAGCAGUCAGAACGUAAUGGUUGUUUGUUGUUGAAUGUUAUAAAAUACAUAGUACAGGAUGGAAAAGGUGGUCCCAAUGGAGUAGCCAUGUUACUGUUUCAGUCGCUGCUGCAACUGGGUCAAUCCCUUAUCACACCCUCUCCCCAAGAAACAAACGAUUUCUCAGACAUUUUACAAAUCAUGAUCUGCUUGGCCGACUGUGCCCAGGGUAAAGGACAUUCAACGCUUUUCAAUGCCACCAUUAUGUGGUUGGAAAUUACAAAAUUCCAGGUUUUGGAAAAAGCACAAACUCUAUCCUGUUCCCCCGUAAUGCCCGCAAAUCUAUUGGAAAAUAUAAAUGCCCUCUUAAGGUAUCUGCACGAGCUGUUACAAAGUUUAGGACAUCGCGGAAGUAAAUAUCAACAGCAACCACCCUGGGAUGAUGAUAUACAAACGGACCUAGAAGACCUAAUGGACGAUUUGGCCAAUGAUCAGCAGGGCGAUGAUGAUUCAUUUGUAGAAGAUUCCGACGAGGACAGCCUAAACAAUAAAUUAUGCACCUUUUCGUUGACCCAGAAAGAGUUUAUGAAUCAACACUGGUAUCACUGUCACACCUGCAACAUGGUGAACACAGUCGGCGUUUGCUCCGUAUGUGCCAGAGUCUGUCAUAAAGGCCAUGAUGUUAGCUAUGCUAAGUACGGUAAUUUCUUUUGUGAUUGCGGAGCUAAAGAGGAUAACACCUGCCAGGCACUGCGUAGACGUCUGGCAACCGGACUUUCGGGCUUAGAAACUAGACAACAAAGUGAGUACAGCUCCUCUUCAGCAAACUACAACAAUUAUUCAAGUUUAUCACAAUCGAAACGUUCACAAACACCUCCUACACAAAGUUGUCUAGCAUCACAACAACCAGGUCACAGCAGCAACGCCAGUUUUGGAGCUUCAAACACAGCCGCUGGAGGCACUAAUUUCCUAGCAUCUUCUUCCCUAACAAAUGAGCGUAUUACUUUACUGUCCAAACUUUUGGAAUCCUCUAAAGAAACUCUACAAAAUGCCGAACAAUGGACGGUCAUUGUGAAAUGUAUUCUCGAUUUCUUUGAUGUGCUAAUGCCAGCCAUUAAGGAAAAUUGCGAUUUGUUCUCUAUAGUGGGUUGUCAUAAGAGAGCAAAGGCUGCCUUGUUGCGCCUUCACGUGGGCGAACAAACUUUCCAACACACCGACCAGCUAAUGCAACCGACACUGGGCUCCCAAGAAGGGGCCUUUGAGAAUGUCCGCAUGAGUUAUUCGGGCGAUCAGGGUCAAACUAUUAAACAGUUGCUAUCUUCGGGUCUAGUACGAAGAGUAGCGUUAUGUUGUCUAUCGUCACCUCACGGCAAGCGGCAACAUUUAGCUGUAUCACACGAAAAAGGCAAAGUAACCAUUUUACAAUUGUCAGCUCUACUUAAACAGGCCGAUGCUGCUAAACGUAAACUAACUUUGACUCAACUGUCAUCGGCUCCCAUACCUUGUACCGUAUUAUCGCUUACCGCCAAUCCGGCCAACGAGGACUACUUGGCCGUUUGUGGCCUCAAGGAAUGUCAUAUCUUGACCUUCACCACCACCGCCGCUACAAGCGAUCAUAUUGUAUUGACGCCUCAAUUGGAGAAUGGUAAUUUUAUUAAAAAGGCGCUCUGGUUGCCCGGUUCUCAAACUAUGUUGGCUUUGGUCACAGCGGACAAUGUUAAAAUCUAUGAACUCUCCGAAGACACUUAUAGUCCCAAAUACUACUUCUUGGUAGCAGUGGGCAAAAUACGCGACUGCUGUUUUGUAUAUCAGGAUGGUGUCUAUUACAUGUUGAUUAUUGCCUCUUCGGGCUAUAUCUAUUAUCAGAAGUUGGAUGAUCAAUCCUUGGCUAAACACGGUGAUUUCUAUGUUACCAAUACGUUGGAAUUAAAUCACAUACAAAUAAGAGAUGUCAAUGGCCAAGUAGGAGGAGGAGGUGUUUCUAUUUACUACUCACACAUCCUACAAAUGCUGUUCUUCAGUUACUCGGUGGGUAGAAGUUUCGUAGCGCCGUUAACAGACGUCAACAAGGGUGUUAAGUCAAUCACCCAUUUGCAAACAUCGCCAGCUACAAAGAAUUCCUCAAAGGGUCCCCCACAGCCCUUGUGUCAAUGGACCGAAAUUCCAGGACAUCCCGGUUUAAUAUGUGCCAUGAUGCACACUUCAAAUAAUCCAGUAAUAUUCAUGUUUACUCCCGAUCGCAUUAUAAUGCAAGAAAUAAAGGCCCAAUCGUCUAAAUCUCGUAUAAUGGACAUGGUUGCCAUACGUCACACUGUGGCUGGCGUGGAGAAAACCACUCUAAUACUGCUAUGUGAAGAUGGUAGUUUGAGAAUUUUUACUGCUCAUCAGGAAUCAACCUCUUUUUGGUUGUCACCUCAAGUACAGCCACUCAGCAAUCAAUUGUACACUUCCAGCUUAAGCAACAGAUCGCCUUGCUCCGGCGCUAAUGCCAAGAAAUCUAAACGCAAAUCGAGUCAUCAACAAAAAACAGUUGGUCCUAACGGCAGUCCCAUAUUCCCUAUAGAUUUCUUUGAACAUUGCACCAUGCUACCCGAUGUGGACUUUGGUGGUAAUGAUCUGUUGCAGAUCUACAACAAACAGAAACUUAAAUCACGACUUUUCUCAAAUAACGGAAUGUUUGUGGCCUCGACCAAAAGCACAGGUUUUACUUUGGAGGUCUACAAUAAUGAUCCCAACAUGGUAAUUGUGGGUAUACGUGUCUUACUAGGCACACAAGAUCCCCAUCGUACACCACAAAGUGUUACAAUUUUGGGCAGAACUAUACCAACACCGGUGCGCAGGGCUCGCUGGUUUGACAUACCGUUGACGCGCGAGGAAAUUUUGCAAUCGGAUAAAUGUUUGAAGGUGGUUUUUGGUAAAUCGCGUGAUCCUGAAAAUGUCAGUAUGCUUGAUUCCAUUGAGGUGUAUGGCAAAUCCAAAGAUCUUGUUGGUUGGCCAGAUGACACCGACGAAGUGGUUGGCGGGCAAAUCUCAACAACUGCUGCUGCUAAUGGCGCCACCACAACUGCUGCCUACGGUGCAAUAGGCUCUUCAACGUCAAACUAUGAGGGUUAUAAUUCUAUAACACAACUUGAUAAGAUGGUGACUAUUCUCUUAGAAGUUCUUGACUGCUCACUGAGUCUGUUGGGUCAGGGAAAUAGUUCAGUUAUCUCGGCCACAAUUAAACAAAAGGCCACAAAGACUGCAACAUCAUUGCUUUUGUUGCCCACAGCUAAUCAAGUUCAGGUACAAUCCCGUUACGUGUUGGCGACACUAUUUGGUAAUCGCCAGGCAUAUCACAACUACAAGGAUUAUGAAAUGUUGGUGUACGUCUACAAUGAAUUGCAGACUCUAAAAACAAAACUUGACUGUCGCGAAAAUUUAAGGGACAUUGAUCCCGAGGCAUUUUAUCGUUUGGUCCUUAUUGUACGCGGUAUUGCCACCGCCAGACCACAGAGUCUUACCAAAAUAUGUCUAGAUAAUAAAUUCGAAAUUAUGUCCGAUUUAAUGGAAUUUGUGGAAAAACUAUUUGAAAUUACACCCGAAAUCGAUGAGCCAACAUCGAUGGUAAGACAAGGUCUGUCGCAUACCGAAACUAUUGUCCAUUGUUUAGUGGAAAUAAUGCACGCUUUUGCUUUGGCCGAUGCUAGUCAAGUGGAACGUGUUACCUUAAUGUUUAUCGCUCUAUUGAAGAACGAGUCCAGUGUUAUAUCACACAGUGCUAAGGAAGCAAUCAUUUUGCGUUUGAGUCCGAGAGCUAAACGACGUAAGGUUGCCAUUAUAACACCACCAGUGUGUUCCACACCAACACCACCAGCACUAUCGACCGUCACCUCUGUGACUCGCGCAGCAGUUGGUUCUGUGCCCAGCAAUGAAGAUGAUGCCUUAGACGAGGCAGCCGGUAUUGUUAAUCCUGUUGUGGCAGCUGUAGGUGGUGGUGGGUCAUCAUCGCCACACUCGUCUGUACAGCGCAGCAGUAGCUCAGAGUAUGUAGCUGUUGCGGGCGCUGCUGCAAAUGAUCCCAAUGUUAUGGUGGAUCCCUUGGAGGCAUUUAUGGGCAGUGGUUUUCCCCAAUUACUAGGUUUACAACAGGAUGCCGAUGAUGAGGCCAUAAUGGAUAUUGCUAUAGCUUUAAGUCUACAGCAACACGAUGCUCCCGGAGCUGAGCCUGGUUUACAACAUUUGCAGCAGGGUCUUUCAAAUCUGCAGGGCAUGCGUAAUGCUGCCGCUCAACUGCAACAUGCCCAACAACAAUUACAAGGUGUUUCUGUAGCUGGGGGUGGCGGUGCAGUUGUUGGUAGUGGUGGUGUUGGCGGAGGCGUUGCUGCUGCCUCCUCUGCAGCUGGCUCGGAUGACGAAGGUUCUAAUGUUGCUACCGAUGGUUCAACUCUGCGCACCUCUCCCGCCGAACCGGUGGGUAGUGGUGGUUCGGAAAGCGGAGGUAGUGGCGUUGAAUCAAUUGGAGGAACUUCAGGACGUAGCAGUACAUAUGGUGACGGUGGCGCUACAGCCUCACCACCUCGUGCCAGCGGUGGUAGUUUAGCCAGCGGCAGUAGUGGCGGAAAAGGUGCCGUUGGUGGUGCUCUCUCUAGUGCUGUUAUUGCAGAAAUGCCUACAACAAGUCGUGCUGCCUUAGAAGCCAGUCAUAGUAAUGACACCGAAGAAAAUGAUGUUACUGAAGAUGAAAAAUUAGCCAAAUUGCAUGAUUUAAGAAUUGCUAUAUUGGAAAGCAUCAUCUCAAAUAUAACAACACUUGAUGACUGUAAUGGUCUGCAAGCCAUACCAUUGAUACAAGUUAUUCUCAUGUUGACUACCGACUUGAAUGGCAAUAAUGAGCGUGAUCAAAAGAUUCUUAACGAUCUCUUAACAGCCUUAGUUGAUUACGUGGAAAUGGAUUCCAUUCCAACUGCCUCAAAGAUGAAAGAUAAGAGUCAGAAAAAUGAGGUACGUCUGGCGUUACUUUCACUGUUUGGUGUUUUAAUGGGUAAAACAAAAUCCAAACAAGCUGGCACCACUUCACCGCCCCAUCAAUUUAAAGAUAAUGCCUCUUUUGUGGCCAGUACUACGGCUAGUAUAUUGAGCAACAAUGGUGCCUUCACAUUCUGUUUGGUGGUAAUGGAAUCAUUGCAACAACACUGGAAACGUAUUUCUAACGAAAAUGCCAGCAAUAUUCCCAGCGGUGUUGUGAGUGCUAUUGCCAGUGGCCCAGCCAAUAGUGCCAGUACACCUGUUAUUACCGGCUCUGCUGUAACACCCUCUCAAAAUACUCUUUUAAAACCAGUACGAUAUGGUCCUAAACCGGAUUUGUCCACCCUAAUACCGCAUAAUUAUCUCAAAAAUUAUCCCGACAUAUUUGAAUCGUACGAUGCUCUAUUAACUGAAAUAUCAGUACGUUUACCUUAUCAGAUUUUACGACUAUCUGCCACGCAUCCUGGCACCUAUGAUUGGUAUCAUGAUUAUUGUGAAAACAUGACCUACACCUUGUGCGAAUACAUGAUGCUCAAUUUAAAUGCUCUGCUUAGAAGACAAGUACGCAAGCUACUAAUGUAUAUUUGUGGCAAUAAGGAGAAAUUCCGUAUGUUCCGAGAUGGUCACUCGUUGGAUGUCCACUUUAACUAUGUGAAAAAUUUGUGCAAUCUUUAUAAUACGACGAAUAUGGUUUUAACUAAUCAAUCUAUACCCAUCCUAAGCUAUGACUCUCUCGUCGAACUAACAGAACAUCUGAGAACAUGCCAGGAAAUAAGUCAAAUACGCACUGGAAAUUGGCAAAAAUUCUGUCUCAUUCACGAAGACGUCAUACCCGUACUCAUUGAAAUUGCCUGCUACCAACUGGACGAUGGCGUUUCACCAAUAAUACUGCAACUAUUGCAAGCAGCCUUAUGCAAUAACAUACAAGCGGUUAAGCAACAGCAACAAUCCGAAACGGCAAAUGGUUCGACAACGUCAACAGGUGCUAAAAUGCGUUCAGAUCGUGAUAAAUCGGAAGAAAUUGAAAUGUCGUUUGAUUCGAAAUUCGAUGCUACACAUUGUACAACAUUUGUCCAUCAGAUAUUCCGUUUUGUGUCCGAUGCCUUGUUGAAUAAAUUUGUUCGUAUCUUUUUGCUGGAAACCAAUAUUACAUCCAUAAGAUGGCAGGCGCAUUCAUUGAUUUAUGCCAUCUAUGAUUAUGCCAAUGACAGACAAAAGGAUAAAUUAAUUACCAUAUUGUGGAAUAUGUGGCCGUUGGUGCCACAAUUUGGUCGCAGGACCGCUCAAUUUGUUGAUAUUUUGGGCUACUUAACGUUGAGCACGAAGGGCAUAACAGAGAGACUGCCAGAGUUUACUGAGAAAGCCGUUGAGGUGCUGCGUCAGCAAAAUGACUUGUUAAGCAAACAUCCAAAUGCUUCAAUUUAUACAGCCCUAGAACAUAUUUUACAAAUGAACGGUUAUUAUUUGGAAUCGGAACCAUGCUUGGUUUGCAAUAAUCCCGAGGUGCCCAUGUCCAAUAUAAAAUUACCUACGAUUAAGUCAGAUUCGAAAUUUACCACUUGCACCAUGAUUGUAAAACUGGUACAAUGUCACACCAUUUCAAAAUUGAUAGUACGCAUUGCUGACUUAAAACGCACCAAAAUGGUGAGAACUAUUAAUAUAUAUUACAACAAUCGCACCGUACAGGCUGUGGUCGAAUUGAAGAACAAACCAGCCAUGUGGCAUAAAGCCAGAACAGUUACUUUGCAGUCGGGACAAACUGAGGUGAAAGUCGACUUUCCUUUGCCUAUAACUGCCUGCAAUUUAAUGAUUGAAUAUGCUGAUUUUUAUGAGACUGUGACCGGUUCAUCGGAAAAUCUACAGUGUCCCCGCUGCAGUGCCGCUGUACCUUCAUAUCCGGGUGUCUGUGGCAAUUGCGGUGAAAAUGUGUUCCAAUGCCACAAGUGUCGUGCUAUUAAUUAUGAUGAAAAAGAUCCCUUCCUGUGUCAUUCAUGUGGCUUUUGCAAAUAUGCUAAAUUUGAUUUUAGCAUUUAUGGACGCGUAUGUUGCGCUGUAGAUCCCAUUGAAUCUGCUGAAGAUAGAGCUAAGACAGUGCAAAUAAUACAUUCUUCUUUGGAGAGAGCAGAUCGCAUUUACCGCCAACUGCUGGCCAAUAAACAAAUGUUGGAAUUGUUGCUACAGAAAUAUGCUGAACAUGGUUCAUCGGAUCGUUUGAUGGACGAAAGUUUGGGCACCAUACAUAGCACUUCCCAGGUAAAUAAAAUCAUACAAUUUUUGGCCCAAAAAUACUGCGUAGAAUCACGUUCUUCCUUUGAAGAAUUGUCAAAGAUUGUGCAAAAGGUAAAGGCUUGUCGCAGUGAAUUGGUGGCCUAUGACCGCAGCCAAAUGGAUCAGACAAACUUGCCUCAUACACCAGAUAAAAGAGAUAAUUUUAAUAUCAACAAAUGCUACGGUUGUGCUUUGGCCUCCACCGAACAGUGUCUGACAUUAUUGAGAGCCAUGGCUUCAAGUUAUGAUUGCCGUUUGGUAUUGUAUAGUCAAGGACUUGUGGAAGAAUUGGCCCAGCAUAAUCUGCGCAGAGGAACUGCCCAAAUACAAGAUGAGGUACGCAAUCUGUUGGUUUUGUUAACCAAAAGCAAUAAAGAUGCAUGUUUGAAUUUACUGGAACUAAUAAAUGAGAGAGUGAAAUCUGCAUUGCUAGGUUCUAUACCCCUUUCCAACAUUGAUUCGGCCAUUUAUCAUGAAAUGGAGCUUUUAAGAGUAUUGAUAUCGCAGGACGACUUCUGUUGGGAACAAAAACUAAAAAUUGUAUUUGAAUUAUUCUUGAACACCUGUCGUUGUCCACGUGGGCCAGCCUAUUCUGUUAUACAACCUUGUUUGCACAUCAUGUUGAAGCUGAUAUCGCCUACCAUACCCUCGUCCAAACUCAACCGUGAUUUAAGUCCAUCGGUUUUGCCCUCCAUCAAUUGUAUUGAAGGUUUGAGUGUUGAUUUCCAAAAAUGGCUGCAAAACGAUCCACAUCAUUCAUUUGAAGCCUGGAAAUCCAGAAUGCCCGCCAACACACUCAAAGAUCAAACUAAGACUUACAAGGCCUUUGUAGCAGCGGCUGCACAAAAUUCUCUACAAGAUGAAAACAUAUUGGCAGCCGUACUACAAUCGGUGCAAUCUUCCGAACAACAAAUGAUGAACAAUAAACCACCGGAUAGACAAUCUUCACAAGAACCCCCAAAUACUCCACCGGCCUCUGCACAGACUGCCGAAAGUAGGGAAGCCCGCAAAAAACAGUCGAGGAAGAAGUAUUUGCAAGAGAAAUAUGGUCAGAGGUGGCGUUUGAAGGUAUUGAAUGAUGGCAAACUCCUAAAACCACUACACCUAACAGCAACAUGGCUGCAACCUAUACUUUUCAACAAUAAUUCAAGAUUCCGCCGGACUUUAGUGUGUACCCUUAUCACCGUUCUCAGCAGAACCCAUGAUAGAAAGAGAGAGAUUUUGAAUUUACUUACCUCCUUCUUGAAAUAUGUGGGUGAUGCUGGAGAGGCUAGCACCGAUUUCCUCUCGUUGUAUCGUCUCUUGGCUAUCGAUACACCUUGGCGCCAAUACUUAGCCAUGAAGGGAGUGCUCAUAGAAAUUUCUCAAUUGUUGACAGAGGAAAUUAAAAAAAUUCAUCGCCUGGAAGAAACUACCCUCUCUUCUGAUCUUUCGCAAGGUUAUGCUUUGCGACAAUUUGUGGAGCUUUUGGCUUUGUUCUUGGAAAAUCCCCAAAUAAGACAAGUUUACAAAACCCGCCUAUUGGGUCCGGUUUUGGAGGGCUACUUGUCUUUGCGCAAAUUGGUGGUGCAAAGAACUCGUCUAAUAGAUGAUGCCCAAGAAAAACUUUUGGAAAUGUUGGAAGAAAUGACUAGCGGCACUGAGGAGGAAACACGAGCUUUUAUGGAAAUACUGAUAGACACUGUGGAAAAGACGCCUAUGAAAGAUAUAAAAACCCCGGUAUUUAUAUUCGAACGUUUGUAUUCCAUUAUACAUCCGGAAGAAAAUGAUGAGUCUGAAUUCUUUAUGACCUUGGAAAAGGAUCCACAACAAGAGGACUUUUUGCAAGGCCGUAUGUUGGGUAACCCCUAUCCCUCCACUGAACAGGGCUUGGGACCUCUGAUGCGUGAUAUAAAGAAUAAAAUUUGCACUGACUGUGAACUAAUUGCGCUGCUGGAAGAUGACAAUGGCAUGGAGUUGUUGGUAAAUAACAAGAUUAUAAGUUUGGAUUUGCCCGUCAAAGAUGUGUACAAGAAAAUCUGGUUAGCAGAGGGUGGCGAACGAGAUGCCAUGCGUAUUGUUUAUCGUAUGCGUGGUCUUUUGGGUGAUGCUACCGAAGAAUUUGUAGAGACUCUAAACAAUAAGUCGCAGGAGGAGGUAGAUACCGAACAACUUUAUCGCCUGGCUAAUGUGCUGGCUGAUUGUAAUGGCCUCAAAGUCAUGCUGGACCGCAUCGGGAGUCUACAAAACAUAACCAGAUCACGUGAAUUGAUACAAGUACUUUUGAAACUAUUCCUAAUAUGCGUAAAGGUCCGACGAUGCCAAGAAGUUUUGUGUCAACCAGAAUUGGGUGCGAUUAAUACUCUGCUGAAAGUGUUGCAAAUGUGCCUACAAUCUGAGUCCGAUUCUUUGCAGUCAUCGGUCACUGAACAAUUGCUGGAGAUAAUGGAAACCAUAUUAUCGAAGGCAGCCAGUGACACUUUAGAUUCUUUCCUGCAAUUCUCGUUAACCUUUGGUGGUCCCGAAUACGUAACUGCUCUUAUUUCCUGUACUGAAUGCUCAAAUGUGCGCAAUAAUCCUUCGGUCCUAAGACAUCUUAUACGAGUUUUAGCUGCCCUGGUUUAUGGCAAUGAAGUUAAAAUGGCUUUGUUGUGUUUCUAUUUCAAAGACAUAUUAGAUUUUGAUAAAUUCGAUGCCGAACGCACGGCUGAGGAAGAAUUCAAGCUGGAAUUAUUCUGCGUACUAACCAAUCAAAUCGAACAUAAUUGCAUUGGUGGCACCCUGAAGGAUUACAUUGUUGGUCUGGGUAUAGUGGAGAAGGCUAUAGAUUAUAUAACACGUUAUGCACCCUGUGUAAAGCCCACUCUACUGCGUACCGACUCGGAUGAGUUGAAGGAGUUCAUAUCACGACCUUCGUUGAAGUACAUCUUAAGAUUCCUUACCGGUCUAGCAACCAAACAUGAAGCUACCCAGCUGGCUAUCAGCAAGGACAUUAUACCCAUAAUACAUCGUCUGGAACAAGUGUCUUCAGAUGAACAUGUCGGCAGUUUGGCGGAAAAUCUAUUGGAGGCUUUAUGUACCGAUGCGGCUACUGCUGCCCGCGUUCAAGAAGUACGAGACUUUACCCGCGCCGAAAAGAAACGUCUGGCCAUGGCCACUAGAGAGAAACAGCUUGAUGCUUUAGGCAUGAGGACUAAUGAAAAAGGCCAGGUUACGGCCAAAGGUUCUAUAUUGCAAAAAAUUGAGAAGCUACGUGACGAAACUGGUUUAACCUGUUUCAUUUGCCGCGAGGGUUAUGCCUGCCAACCGGCUAAAGUCUUGGGUAUUUAUACCUUCACCAAGAGGUGCAAUGUCGAAGAGUUUGAGCUAAAGUCUCGCAAGUCUAUUGGCUACACCACGGUAACCCAUUUCAACGUAGUUCAUGUGGAUUGUCAUACGUCAGCAAUAAGAUCGGCUCGUGGUCGUGAUGAAUGGGAAAGGGCUAGUUUGCAAAAUGCCAAUACACGUUGCAAUGGUUUACUGCCACUUUGGGGUCCUGAUGUAUCCGAGGCCGCCUUCUCCGGCUGCAUGACACGUCAUGCCAGUUACAUGCAAGAGAGCACGCAACGCUGUGACAUUUCAUAUACCAACAGCAUCCAUGAUCUUAAAUUGCUACUGAUGCGUUUUGCCUGGGAGCGUAGCUUCCAUGAAGAUGCCGGUGGCGGCGGUCCCCAAUCAAAUAUGCAUUUUGUACCCUAUCUACUCUUCUACGCUGUCUAUCUGUUGCUCUCUUCACGCUCGGCGGCCCGCGAUAGUAAAACUUUACUAACCUAUCUCACAGCCGCUGCCUCUGAGAAAUGGCUAGAGAGUGCUUACGAGGUAGAGGGACCUCUUUACAUGCUGACGGUGUCGCUGGCCUUGCACUCUCACGAGACUUGGCAAAAACAUCGUUUGGCCCAUUUGAAACGUCUCAUAGCGGUUGCUCAAGCGCGCCAUAUAUCCCCCUCGGUGAUAUGCAAAGCUUUGUUGGCACCUGGCGAUAGAAAAGAAAAGGAAUAUAGUGUUUAUAAACCUUUCCUAAUGAAUUGGGCCCUCUUGGAUCUCAUUUACAACACCCUCUUCAAGAGCGUUGCCACCCCCAAAGAAGAGGACUGGUCAAUUUCUCUAUUCAACUACAUCAGGAAAAACGAUGAAACUAUGUUGAAACAUACCGAUUCGAUUUUGGAAACAUUUACCGAUGACUUUUUACCCUGUACAUCAUUUGAAGAAUUUUGUGAUGUAGCCGGUCUAUUUGGCGACAUUGAAAAUCCGCAAUCAUUUAUUGAAGAAGUGUUACAAGCCUUACCAACAUCGGUACCCGCAUCGUCAUCGUCUUCAUCGGCAACAAAUUAACAUCGAGUGCAGAAUGUUGAAUACGAUAGAUAUGAACGAAUUCAAGAAUACGAAUACGAUAUAUUAAUUACACUCUAUAACAUUAUUAUAUGAAAAAAAUAAAUGAAUUUCAAAAUAAACAUACAUACAUAUAAUAUUAUUAAUGCAUUGCUACCACCACUAACACUCAAAUAUUAUAACCAAUCCCCCUCCCCAAAGCUUAAUAUUUCAAAAAAUAAAAUAUUGUAGUUUAUUCACUAACCAGCACCAUUAUUCAAUAAAUUAUUUGUUCGCAUAUAUAAAAAUUAAA